CAUAGACAUACAUAGUCUUGUAAAUGUUUAAUUAUUAGUCUGUGAUUUAAAUUUUUACACUGGGUAACAUCAGCAAUCCCUUGUCAAAAAAGAAAAAUGCCGCUGCAAAAAAGAAACGUAAUGUUAAAGGUUGGUUUCCUGCGUUGACAAGGGAAUUCGCGUAUUUUCUUUUAAAUUUCAAGUUUAUUGAAAUAAAAUGUACGAAAUGAAUGCGGCGGAACCUAUGCAAGUGGAUGUCCCACUUGAAGACAACGAGAAUAAUGAAACAGAAUGCUAUGUCGUCGAAAAUCCUACAUUAGAUUUGGAAACAUAUGCUGCAUCAUACACUGGCUUUGCUAAGUUGUACAGGUUAAUGUUUGUGGCAGACCAUUGCCCUUCUUUAAGAUUAGAAGCUCUCAAAAUGGCUAUAUCUUAUGUAAUGACCACUUAUAAUGUAAGUCUUUAUCAAACACUUCACAAGAAACUCGCUGAAGCCAUAGCGUCUGCAGGUCUGCCAGAUGUUGCUGUGCAGAUGGGUUCCCAGGACAUUCCUGUGCUCGACUCAAUGUGGGUAGAAUCAAAAACUAAAAAGGCUGCCAUAAAGUUGGAAAAAUUAGAUACAGAUCUUAAGAAUUAUAAAACAAAUUCCAUCAAGGAAAGCAUUAGAAGAGGGCAUGAUGAUCUAGGUGACCACUACCUUGACUGUGGUGAUCUCACUAGUGCUCUAAAAUGCUAUUCCAGAGCCCGAGACUACUGCACUAGUGGCAAGCAUAUCAUAAUGAUGUGUCUCAAUGUAGUUAAAGUGUCCGUCUACUUGCAAAACUGGGCUCAUGUUCUCAAUUACGUUUCAAAAGCAGAAGGGACGCCAGACUUCAAUGAAGUGCCAGGAAAGGAUUCUAACCAAGCCAUAUUGACUCGCUUAAAAUGUGCAGCUGGUCUGGCCGAGUUAGCUACUAAGAAAUACAAGUCUGCAGCAAAGCACUUCUUAGCCGCUAGCAUCGAUCACUGUGAAUACCCAGAACUUCUGAGCAGCAAUAACGUGGCUGUGUAUGGAGGACUUUGUGCACUUGCAACCUUUGAUCGCUCUGAACUUCAGAAGCAAGUAAUAGUUAGCAGUUCUUUUAAAUUAUUCUUAGAACUAGAACCACAAUUACGUGACAUAAUUUUUAAAUUCUACGAAUCGAAGUAUGCUUCUUGCUUAAGGUUACUAGAUGAAAUUCGUGACAAUCUUCUUCUAGAUAUGUAUUUAGCACCACACCUGAACUCUUUGUACAUGCAGAUACGCAAUAGAGCCCUAAUUCAGUACUUCAGUCCAUAUCUCUCGGCUGACAUGCGUUUGAUGGCUACAGCGUUUAAUCGGACAGUAAAUGCUCUUGAAGAUGAGCUUAUGCAAUUAAUUCUUGAUGGGCAAAUCCAAGCUCGUAUUGAUUCUCACAACAAAAUACUCUAUGCUAAAGAUGUAGACCAGAGAAGCACCACCUUUGAAAGAAGCUUAGCUAUGGGAAAAGAAUACCAGCGAAGAACAUCUAUGUUAAUUUUACGUGCUGCUAUGCUCAAAAAUCAAAUUCAUGUGAAGAAUGCUGGCCGUGAAACUGGACCACAAAGUGGUGAAGCACCCGGAUCCAGCACUAGCCUCACAACGCGCACUUUUGACACUGUGCCCUUGUGAUGAAUUACCUCAUAAGAUAGUCAACUCUUUCAUUUUUACAUGACAAUUUAAGUGAGUUAAUGCAAUUGAAACUAACUGGGGUAAACAAAACCAUUUUCACUAUAUAUAAUUUUCAGGAAAAACUAACAGUGCAGUUACUUUUGUCAUGUGAAAGCCUUUUUUUUUAUUGAGUAAAAACUUUUUAUGUACUGUUUACAUACCUGCUUUUAUUUUUGGUUAACCGAGAUAAAAAGUAGGUUUGCAUGAUGUCAGUGAUAUUGCUGAAUGCAAUCUGCUGAUUGUUAAGUGAAAUGUUUUGUCAGCUAUCACUCACUGAGAAGCUGAUGCAAGCAAGGCAUUCAUUGCAACUUUGUUUAUACAGAAUUAUUCUAUGUAACCACAAAAUAUUAUGUCUACGUAAUUUUUAAUAAUAUAAAAAGGUAAACACA